AUGAUGAUGAUAAAAACACAAUUACUUGAUUUACCCAACGAACUUUUUUUAUAUAUAUUUCAAUAUAUAAAAUCUUCGCAUUUAAUCCAAAUAUUUUCUGAAAUAAAAUCGUUUCGAAUUCAAGCAUUGAUUCAAUCAUUUAUAUCACAUGUUGAUAUAUCUCAAGAAUCUGAACAAUGGAUUCAAACUUAUGUACCUAAUUUAUUCAGUCAACAGAAUCUUAUUGCACUUCGUUUACAAGAUAAAUAUCUAGCUAAUAUUUCGCAAUAUUUAUCAUCAUCGGAUAUUCAAUCUAUGCAUGUUAUUAGUUCAGAUUGGACUACGGAUAUAUUAAAAGAAGGACUUGAUCAUAUUCAACAACAUGUCAAACAACUUUGGAUUACAUUUACAUAUCCUCAUGGAAAGGGAGAUAUAGCUAAUCAAUUAUUUCAAUCUGAUUCACAAUAUGAAUAUCUUAAUAUUACUGGUCGUUUUAUUUAUUUUGAUUAUGAUGACAUAAAUAUUUGUACACUAUUAACAUAUCUUUCAAUUGAACUUGAAGGAAUGCAUCGAGUAUUUGCACUAAUUGAACAUUUACCUAAUCUUCAAGAAUUAAAAGUUAAAUUUCGAACUGAGGAACGUUUAGUUCAACCAAAACCUAAUCUUGAUAGUGUAAUCACACAUAACAAACUCUAUCGUGUUACUUUUAUUGGUUGUACAAAAUAUUUUGAUCAUUUAGAAAAUUUCUUUUCUACUUUUGGAUCGACAAUUGAAUGUUUAACAAUUAAUAUUGAUUUAAUGUAUUAUAUAAUCGAUGGCAAACGACUUGAAAAUGGUUUAUUAAAUAAAAUGCCAUGUUUAUCAUCAUUAGAUAUAAUUAUUCAUUCAACUGCUGUUUAUAGUAAUCCAUUAGAUAUUGAAACAUUUCGAAGUACAACAUGGCAAAAAUUUAAUCCUAUUAUAUUUUGGAAUGAUACUCAUGCUCAUCAAAAGACAAUAUUUACAUUACCAUAUAAAUCUGAUCGAUUCAAACAUCUUUCAAAUGAUUUUAUUUCAUCUUGGGUAUCGAAUCGAUCAGUUUCACUCUGUUUUGAACAUGUUCAUACACUUUCAUUGAUUACGACAACACCAUUAACAUUAGAAACAUUUCAAUUUAUUGAAAAAACAUUUUUAAAUUUAAAAACACUUGAACUAACUGAUCCAAUUCAUUUACCAGAAUUUGAAUAUGAAAAUGAACGACUUAGAAAUAUUCCUCAUUUAAAUGAUAGUUUUCUUUUAAAUCGUACUGUACAACUAUUAUCAGUUACAAAAUUUUCCUUUCUUGCACGAUCACAAUAUGAUAAUUAUGAAAUCUUUCAUCGUUUUCUUCAUCUUUUACCUAAUUUAAUUUAUUUACAAAUGUAUAUUGGACGUUCAUUGUAUCGUGAAAUUUUAACACAUGAACAUGACAAGAAUUUUAUUAUGAAUGCAUUAGUUCGUAUUAAACUUUUACAAAUGGUUCAUUUUUAUGAUGAAAAAAAUAUCUUAAAUAAUGAAGAAAUUCAUUAUCUCUUUCCAAAUGCUCAAAUUCUUUUUGAUUAUGAUGAUAUUUAA